AUGGGGCUGCCUGCGGCGGACGCUUCUGGUGCCAGUGAUGGGAGGUGGCGAGAUACUCGCUGGGUUUUAAAGGAAAGGCCUGUAGACGCGUCGAUGGCUAGGACGCUGGGUGUAAGAGAACCAGGUGUAGGUGACAACUCGGGACAACUAGCGUCCUGCUCUGCCAGGUUUCUGCGUCUUAGGAGGGCAGAGACUGCGUUUCCUGCAGUGGCCUCGGCGGGGCGCUCACAGGAGCGCUCACCAGCUUCAGGGAGGCGCUUCCUCCAGGCCCCUUGUUCAGGGGACUCGCCUGCGGACUGCGGCGCCUUUUCUCAGAGGGGAGUCCGCUCGGAAAGGCAGGGAGCGGCUCCCUCCUGUUGUGACUCCUCCUCGCGUCGAGGCCAGUAG